GGGGAGCGGCAGCUCUCGGAGGGGCGGCAGCGCACGGAGCCAUGCAGUACCCGCACCCUGGGCCGGCGGCGGCCGCGGCGCCCCUGUACGCGCCCACGCCGCUGCUGCAGCCCGCGCACCCCACGCCCUUCUACAUCGAGGACAUCCUCGGCCGGGCGCCCGCCGCACCCACGCCCACCCCCACGCUGCCUUCCCCUAACUCGUCCUUCACCAGCCUCGUGUCCUCCUACCGGACUCCGGUGUACGAGCCCACGCCGAUCCACCCCGCCUUCUCCCACCACUCCGCUGCCGCGCUGGCAGCCGCCUACAGCCCCGGCGGUUUCGGGGGUCCUUUGUACCCCUUCCCGCGCACGGUGAACGACUACACGCACGCCUUGCUCCGGCACGACCCCUUGGGCAAACCCUUACUCUGGAGCCCUUUCCUGCAGAGGCCUCUGCAUAAACGGAAAGGCGGCCAGGUGAGGUUCUCCAACGACCAGACCAUCGAGCUGGAGAAGAAGUUCGAGACCCAGAAGUACCUCUCCCCUCCCGAGAGGAAGCGGUUGGCCAAGAUGCUGCAACUCAGCGAGAGACAGGUCAAAACCUGGUUUCAGAAUCGACGCGCAAAAUGGAGAAGACUAAAACAGGAGAACCCCCAAAGCAACAAAAAAGAACAGGACAACGUGGACAGCCCCUGUGAGCAGCGGCCAGAACUGCCCAGCGAGCAGAACAAAGGUGCUUCUUUGGAGAGCUCCCAGUGUUCGCCCUCCGUGGCCUCCCAGGAAGACCUUGAAUCGGAGAUUUCCGAGGAUUCUGAUCAGGAAGUGGACAUUGAAGGUGAUAAGGGCUAUUUUAAUGCUGGAUGAUGACCACUGGCACCAGGAAAACUGGACUUGGGAAUAACAUUUUGCAACAGAAAAUCUUCACAGAAGACCUGGGAAGCUUGUAUAAGCAAGGGAAUCAACGUUCUGGCCUCCUGGAAACCUUAAACUCUGUGGUGCACUGGUUAAUUAACAAACCUCCAAGGAAACCUUAAUUUUGAUUCAUCAGAUGGUUGAUAUUUUAGGUUGUUUUGGUGAAGUGACUUUUAGUGAUUAAAUUCAGCCCCAUUUAAAUUGUUAUUUCUAUUUAUAAACGGUAGUUUCUGAAGGUUUUUGUUAAAAGUUUUAAGUUAUAACGUCCAGGUUUUAAUGACUUCUCUGGAAUCUGUAUGUACUCCUAGCUAGUGGAAAGGCAGAGAGGAACCCCAAACCCAGAGGUGUGUUUUGCCCAAGGGAACCACACUUCAGGCAGCCGCGGAAUGUUUUAAAAGGGAACAUUCUUUAUAUGACAUUCUUAUCCGAUGUCUUAAAUCCGGAGCCAUUUUAGACCUUUGGGCUCCAGGAUGUGUGUCCUUUUUUGUCACUUAAGAAAGAUUCUUACAUGCUUCUUUUGCGCUGUCACCACCUGUUUGGCCAUGGUGUUGAGGGAUAGCCCCGGUGCAGCGCGCAGACAGUGAAACUGACUUCUUGGUGAUGAAAUUAAUUGCAGGUGAGCUACAAAUCGCAGGUUGAUUAAAUGUAAGUAGAUUGUAGAUACUGUGUUUUAUAUCAAGCAAUGUCUAUAACGUGUAUAUAGAGAGUUGUUUCCUGUAAAAAAAAAGUGUCCAAAAUGGUGUUCCUUUUUUUUUUUUUAAUGAAUAAUAUCUACGAAAUAAAUGCGUCCCUAGGACGACUGACCUCG